AUGGCGGCCCCAAAGAUGACCAAGAACCAAAUGCGGAGGGCGAAGAAGAAGGAGCAGAAGAAGGCUCAGACAGAGGUGCGUUAUCUGGCUGGCGUUGGUGCAUUUGCGAGCGAUACUGACGCACAGGACAAUCAGGUCGCGUCGAACACUCCCGAAGUCAACGACGAUGAGAAGAAGCCUGAGGGGGCUGAGACACAAGAAAAGACUGGCGGCGAUUUCGAGGUCAAGAACCAGUCCGAGGCCAAUGCCAAGGUCGAAGCCGACGGCCCUGCCGAUGACGAGUUCAACUUCGAUGAUGAGAGGUUUGCCGCAUUCAAGGAUAUCUUCUCAAAAUUCGGCGUCUCAAUAGACGAGGACGAGAUUUCGAAGGAGGCCAAUGCUGGCAACACGGGAGAGGUGUUGUGGGACGAGGACGAUAUUCCUAGUGAGGAUGAGGAGGCCACAGGGCAGACAAAGCUCUCAAAAAAGAAGAGGAAGCAACUCAACAAGCUCUCUAUUGCGGAGUUGAAGGCCUUGGUCAAGAUACCCGAUGUUGUCGAGUGGCAAGACACCUCAUCCACGGACCCACGCCUUCUAGUGCAGAUAAAGGCGCAAAGAAACGUCGUGCCCGUUCCUGGCCACUGGGCGCUCAAGAGAGAGUACCUUUCUUCGAAGCGAGGUAUCGAGAAGCCGCCUUUCCGGUUACCAAAGUUCAUCGCCGAGACGGGCAUCACGGAAAUGCGUGAUGCUGUCCUCGAAAAGCAGGAGCAGCAAUCUCUGAAGCAAAAGCAGCGGGAGCGUGUCGCUCCCAAGAUGGGCAAAUUGGACAUCGACUACCAGAAGCUCUAUGACGCGUUCUUCCGCUUCCAGACCAAGCCGGAACUCACCCGCUUCGGCGAGGUGUACUACGAGGGUAAGGAGAGCGAGGUUGACUUCCAGCACUUCAGACCAGGUGACCUGACAGAGGCCACAAAGGAGGCUUUGGGUAUGCCACCAGGUGCACCUCCACCAUGGCUCAUCAACCAGCAGCGGUUCGGCCCUCCUCCAUCAUAUCCCACUCUCAAGAUCCCAGGACUCAAUGCCCCACCUCCACCAGGCGGCUCCUGGGGUUUCCACCCUGGUGGUUGGGGCAAACCCCCUGUCGACGAAUUCAACCGCCCACUGUAUGGUGGUGACGUUUUUGGUCUCACAAACCAGGCUGGCGCGCAGAUUGUGCAACCCGCCGCCGUGCCUUUGGCCACCGGCGAACCCGUUGAGAAGACGCUUUGGGGCGAAUUGCAACCCCGCGAUGAGGAGUCUGAGGAGGAAGAGUCGGAAGAAGAAUCCGACGAGGAAGAGGACGAGGACGAGGACGCACCCGGCGGCCUCGCCUCUCCGAGCGGCAUCGAGACCUCCGGCAUGGUCUCAUCGGUACCGACAGAUUACCCUGGUCACGGCGUUGAGACGUCCGUGGCGGGCGAGAUGGACCUCCGCAAGCAGCGCCGCGGCUUCGACACGGAGGAGAGCUCGCACCCGCGCUCGGCGUACCAGGUCAUCCCCGAGCGCCAGCAGCGCACCGAGGGCUUCUUCGGCAGCGACAGGGUGUAUGACCUCAACCAGCAAAAGGCCAAUAUGCCGGUGCUCGGUCAGGAGGACGACAGCCGCAAGCGCAAGAAGCCCGGCGACGUGGACGUCGCGAUCGACCCGGACGCGCUGCUCAACAAUGACGGCAUCAGCAAGGACGAGGUGCGGCGGCGGUUCGAGGAAGGGAAGCGCGAAGAGGGGUUGGGCGCCAAGUGGGCAUACGAGGAGGAUCUUUCCGAGAUGAUCGCGCAGGAGUCGAGGAAGAGGCAAAAGGUUGACGAGAAGCGCAAUGACGAGAAGAAGAAGCAGAGCAAGUACAGGUUUUGA